AUUUCUCGGACAGACCCUCAUCCUGCUUCUCCCCCCUCCCGGACAAGUAUUUUCAUCACGGAUCCAAUCGCUAAACCCCCAACCCCCGCAAAGAAAUUCGCCAAGCAAUUCUCCCUCCGCAGGUCUCGCGAGCGAACGAAUCCAGCGCUCGCGGGAACGCCGUCUCGCGCUCAAAGCUCUCCGACAAGAUCCCUGCGCUCCUGUUUGGUUACUGAUCUGAUCUCGGUGUUGAAUUUGUUCCUCGCGUGCUAGUCUCCGAUCGAUUCUUGACUCGAGGCGCUCGUCUCCGCUGUUAAUCUAGCCGUGUUUUCUUGUUCUUGUUCUUUAGUAGAGAAUUUUGCACUAGGGUGCCUGCGCCUGUUGGUUUCAGUCUUUCAGAUCGGUUACCGAGUUGAUUUAUUUAUCGGCCUGCGAAUUCGUCGCGUGAAUUAGGGUUCCGUGUUGAUUCCUGUUCGAUUUCUUCUCUCUGAGUAAAUCUUGUUCGCGUCAAUACUACCGCUACUUCUUGUUUGUUCUUGUUGCUUCUGACCCAUGGAUGCAGGCUCCAACUCGAUCUCGUCGGAGAAGAGCAGCCGGUACGCGGCGCCGCGGUCGCCGCUCAAGGAGGCCGGAUCCAGGCCGUACAUGCCGUCGCUGAGCACGGCGUCCCGCAACCCUAACGCCAAGUGCUAUGGCGACAGGUUCAUUCCGAACAGGUCGGCGAUGGACAUGGACAUGGCGCACUACCUUCUGACGGAACCGAAGAGGGACGAGAAGAACGUGGGGACAGCAUCCCCGUCCAAUGAGAUGUACCGGAAACUAUUGGCCGAGAAGCUGCUUAACAACCGUACCAGAAUUCUGGCCUUCCAGAACAAGCCGCCGGAGCCUGAGAACAUCCUCACAGAACUCCGUGCUGAUACAGCUUCCAUCCAGGCGAAGCCAACGAAGCAGCGCCGACACAUCCCUCAGACCGCGGAGAGGACUCUGGAUGCGCCAGACCUUGUUGACGAUUACUACCUCAACCUACUGGACUGGGGAAGCAGCAAUGUGCUGUCCAUUGCGCUGGGCAACACGGUAUACCUCUGGGAUGGCUCAAAUGGAUCUACAUCUGAGCUCGUUACCGUUGAUGAGGACAAUGGCCCUGUCACCAGUGUUAGCUGGGCUCCUGAUGGCCGACACAUUGCUGUUGGACUCAACUCGUCAAUUGUCCAGCUCUGGGAUCCCAGCUCUAACCGACUGCUAAGGACACUGCGAGGUGUGCAUGAGUCGAGGGUUGGUUCACUGGCGUGGAACAACAACAUCCUGACCACUGGUGGGAUGGAUGGCAAGAUUGUGAACAAUGAUGUGAGGAUUAGGAACCAUGCUGUGCAGACAUACCAUGGGCACGAGCAGGAGGUGUGUGGACUCAAGUGGUCAGGGUCAGGACAGCACCUGGCCAGUGGUGGCAACGACAACCUCCUCCAUAUAUGGGAUGUGUCUAUGGCAUCCUCUGUACAAUCUGCAGGUCGUACCCAAUGGCUGCACAGGCUUGAUGACCACUUGGCUGCAGUGAAGGCCCUCGCAUGGUGCCCAUUCCAGAGCAACCUGCUGGCAUCUGGUGGUGGCGGAAGUGACCGGUGCAUCAAGUUGUGGAACACACACACCGGCGCAUGCCUCAACUCUGUGGACACCGGGUCGCAAGUGUGUGCACUGCUAUGGAACAAGAAUGAGAGAGAGCUGCUGAGCUCACAUGGAUUCACUCAGAAUCAGCUCACUUUGUGGAAGUACCCGUCAAUGGUUAAGAUGGCUGAACUCACUGGCCACAGCUCCCGUGUCCUUUUCAUGACUCAGAGCCCUGAUGGUUGUACUGUAGCAUCUGCUGCAGCAGAUGAGACCCUGCGGUUCUGGAAUGUGUUUGGGACUCCUGAUACUCCUAAGGCUACGAAAGUCAAGGCUUCUCAUACUGGGAUGUUCAACAGCUACAAUCAUAUCCGAUAAGGAGAAAUGACUUCAUUGGCGACCAUCAGGAGUUCCAGAACUGUAGAUAUUAAUGGAAGACCAUAGUCCAUAAACAGAACUUUACUUAAUAUCUGUGUGUACUUCAGUUUGUACAUUGAAGUAGUUCUGUGUACUUCAGUUUUGUUGUAUGCUGGUAACUCUGGUUGCUGUUUUACAUUGAUCCAGAUGAACAUCAAGACCAUUUUGAUGUUCAACAGAUAUGUUGAUAUAUUUUUAUGACCAAUGUAGCUUUUUAAAUUUUGUGCCAGUUUGAGAGUAUUUGACAUGACUAUUCUUUCUUGCAUGUGAUGUGUCAAAUACAGUAAUUUUACUGA